CUGCCCCUGUCAGAGGAUCUGCCUAAGCAUGGGCUUGAAAUGAAUGCUUCUUCCUGCAGCAGGCAUUUACCUCUGCUCAGAUGUUGCUCAACCUCUCCCCCCAACAUUGAACUUCUUGAGGUACACCCAGAGCACUGCAGGAGUUCUGCUUUCCUCUCAUCUCAAAGGAAAUGACCUAUAUAUGUACCAACACCAGUUCCUGGAACUUCAUCAAAGACUAUUGUAUGCUGAAAAAGAAAAUAAGAAAAGAUCACAUGAGCUGAGCAGUGCCCUCGAUGAAAUAAAACAUAUAGUUGCAAAAAGAAUUAACUUGACAACAAAUCAUACAGAUGGUAUGAAAGUAUUAAAUGACAUCAGAAAACUCCCCGUGCAUCUUACAAACCUGUACUACUACCUACCUCACCUCCGAGAAUAUGAAGAUGCCAUUUUUCCAAAUGUUGUUAUUGGACAAGAGAGAACUGGAGUCUCACUGGUGAUGGGUAUUCCUACUGUGAAAAGGGAAAAACAGAGUUACCUGAUGAGCACGCUUCGUUCCCUAUUGCAUGGACUUUCUGAAAAGCAAAAGAAUGACUGUGUAAUAAUCAUCUUUGUAGCAGAGGUGAAUGCAGAAUAUGUUAACGGUGUUGCAGAGAGUGUUAAAACCAGCUUCCCCAGAGAGGUGCAGUCUGGAGUCCUAGAGAUUAUUUCUCCUCCUGCUUCUUAUUAUCCAGAUCUUUCCAAUCUGAGGAAAACAUUUGGGGAUUCGGAGGACAGAGUAAGGUGGAGAACGAAACAGAAUUUGGAUUAUAGCUUUUUAAUGCUGUAUGCUCAACCUAAGGGAACAUUUUAUUUACAGCUGGAAGAUGAUAUUAUAGCCAAACCUGAUUACAUUCAAAGCAUUGAAAACUUUGCUGCUGAACAGACCCAAGAGUGGAUGGUUCUUGAGUUCUCCCAGCUUGGAUUUAUUGGAAAACUGUUUAAAUCGGAAGACUUGCCACUUAUAGUAGAAUUUUUUCUGAUGUUCUAUAAAGAUAAGCCCAUAGACUGGCUUCUUGACCACCUGUUCUGGGUCAAAGUGUGCAAUCCAGAAAAGGAUGCAGCACACUGUGAAAAGGAAAAGGCAAAGUUACGUAUCCGUGCUAAGCCAUCUCUCUUUCAGCAUAUGGGACUUCAUUCAUCGCUGUCUGGGAAGAUACAAAAUUUGAAAGAUAAAGAUUUUGGCGGAAGUGUGCUACAUAAAGCACAUAACAAUCCACCUGCAAAAUUGGCUACAAGUCUAAGAGUAUACCAGCAAUAUACCUUGGAAAAUGUUUAUGAAGGAAAAGGCUAUUUUUGGGCUUCAGCUCCAAUGGCUGGGGACUAUAUCAGCUUCACCUUUUUGAAGCCACUGAAAGUAGAAAAAUACUUUUUUAGAAGUGGAAAUAUGGAUUACCCUGGUGAUAUACUGUAUGACACUACUGUGGAAGUGUUGCCAGCUGAUGAAGCUGUAGGGAAAGUACUGGUUGGCAACAGAAGUAAAUUUAACUACACUGCAACCAAAGAUGGAUAUUUAAAGAUAGGGGCUUUUCAAAAUGGAAUUGCAGAAGGCAGCAUUGAUCCGUCAGUAGGAGAAAUACUGGCUGUUCGUUUAUUAGUCAAUUCUGAUUCCCCUGUAUGGGCAAUACUGAGUGAGGUACUCAUCAAGAUGUCUGAAAACUGAGAACUGGAAAAAGUAUAUUUUUGACACAUUACUUCUUAGAGACUUGUCUGAAGACUUACCUAACAGCAACAAAAACCUGAGUGACUAAAUAAAAAUCCAGAUCCAGUACUGUGUAUUGGCAGCGUGGAGAUAACUGUUAAAAACUUGUAAAAACUGUUAAAUCUUUAUGUAACAAAUAUUAGAAGCUAUGAAAAACCUGAUUAUGUUAAAAACUUCCAUAAAAUGCUGUUGAUUAAGCUGUUCUGUAUAAAAAAAUUCUGUCGCUGAUGGACAGCAUUACAUAUUACUGUAAGCAACUGACAUUACAGGCAAUCUCAGGGACAAAACAGGACAGUACAUUUCUAGUUCACUAGAACUAAAUACAUGAACAUUUGGGGGGAAUAUUAAGGACAUGGUUUGCAACUGCAUUAAGGACACUGGUCAGUUUUGAAGGGAAACUAGAACUGAAGGAAAAACUGUCAGUAUUUCAUGCAAGUACUUAGAACACUCCACCAGAGAAAAGAUUAACUUACCAAUAUGAAAGGGGUCUCAAACUUAGCACGUUUUAGCCUUAAUGUAGCAAAAGGUAUGUUUAAUUUUAUUAUUUUUUUAGUGGAAAUUGCUUAUUAGUUGCCAUUUGAAUACCUUGAAUAAUCAAACAGGUGUUGUUCAGAGGGUUGUACAACUUUUCUGUGGAUUGUGCAUUGAAUUAACUACAGGAAAUAAUUGGUAUAAUGUUAACUAUAUUUUUGUAGGAAGAAUAUGUAUUUAAAUAAAAUUUUGUAUCCUGCCAUUUGAUAAUCAGUAUGUCCUGAUAAUUCUAUGCUGGUCACGAGCUGAAAUUCCCUAAAAAUUUGGAAAUAAAUGGCAAACUGCA